AUGGAUAAUGAACUGGAUUAUUAUGAUGUAAAUAUUUGGGAUGUAGAUUCCUACGAAGAAAUCCAAAAUAAUGAGGGUUACUGUGCUAUAAUAGCAAUAGAUAAUCAUUUUGUUAUGAAGGUUGUUAGUUACGCUAUAAUUUACCGUCGAUUAAAAUAUGAG